AUGAUCGGCUUUGCUCAAUCUGCUCUGAAUCAGACGCAGAUUGAAAUACGAUUGGCAUGUGUUAAUGAGAACGAGGAUAUGAACUUCCAGGUGCAAUAUGCUCUUCGCUCUUCGCCAUGUGAUAAGGAAUUCUUCGACGCUAAAAGGGCUGAAAAUUUGAAGAAAUUGCUGUCAUUCUACUUCGAUGAUCCGAAUCACAUUCCCGACAACUACGAUUACGAUAAAAUUGUCUUCUACAAGUCCAAAGCUCUCAACUUCUCUUGCAAGGAUUCACAUGGUUCUAUAAUUUUUUCUGAGCCCGAUCCUCAUCCGAUGACCGUUCAGAAUGUAACAGGAUUGGUUCCGUUCCGUUAUAAGAGAAGUGCAGUGGGCAGCCUUGGCCCUUCACUAUCGUCUUGGACUCCCGCGCAAACAGUUCCUGCUGAUGGUAUAUACUUUUUGGUUAUGAAGGUAAUUGGAAUUCGCUAUCCCCCUGCCUCCUUCAGCGACGAGCAUAACAUCACGAUCACAGUGAAAUGGAAACAACCACACGGAUUUCUCAGUGCCAUCGACUACCCUUUGCUCAGGUUCUAUGUACUAAUGUGCGUUUUCUAUGCUAUACUCGCUUUUAUAUGGAUGGUUCUUUGUAUUAAGUACUACAAAGACAUCUUACGAAUACAAUACUGGAUAGGAGCAGUUAUAAUACUUGGAAUGAUCGAGAAGGCGUUUUUCUUAGCUGAGUAUUCCACGAUGAAUAAUAGUGGUCGAAGUGUAGAAGGCGUAUUGGAGCUUGCUGAAUUGGUCUCAUGUGCCAAACGAACGAUGUCUCGUGUGCUUGUAAUAAUUGUCUCAGUUGGAUAUGGUGUUGUGAAACCUCGCUUAGGGAAUACUCUCAGUCAGGUAGCUGGAGUGGGGUUGGUGUACUUUGUAUUCUGUGCCAUCGAAGGACUUGCACGGGUUUCCAAGAAUCACGUUGAAGCUGCCAAACAGAAGCAGUUUGCUGCUCUUCCUCUGGUUAUAACGGAGAUGGUAAUUUUCUAUUGGAUUUUCACUUCAUUGGGUUCAACUAUGCGAACGCUUAAAUUACGGAGGAAUGAGGUAAAGCUCACUGUUUAUCGUCACUUUAUGAACACUCUUGUAUUCGCAGCUGUCGCCUCCGUAAUUUUUAUGGUGUGGAGUUUGGUGUAUCAUAUCUUUCCAACAUGUCUCAAGGACUGGAAAGAACUGUGGGUUGAUACUGCUUUCUGGCACGUUCUAUUCUGCUUUAUACUCGUUGUCAUUGUAAUCCUUUGGCGUCCAUCGGUGAACAAUCAGCGUUAUGCUUUCACUCCUCUUUUGGAUGAUAGCGAAGACGAGAACGAUCAAGAUGAAAUCUUCAAUGCAUCUGCCCCUGGCUUUGAAAUGCUCAAACAGCGCGAGUCUGGCAACGGUGCUGAUGUUCGACGCCAGAGGGAGAAGGAACGCGAAGACCACAAACUUCAGGAUGAUUUGCGAUGGAUAGAAGACCAUAUCCCCUCAUCGCUUGCGGAACAUCUUAUCAUGGAUGAAGAUGAGGAUAAGGAAGCACGCGAAUUGGAAAUCAGCAAAAUGUUGUGA